CUAAAACCAUCUUUUAUUUAUGGCAUGUAAUUUGAAUUUAUAUUAAUAUGAUUGAAACAUUGUUUUCAGUUUGAUUGAAUUUAUAAAACAAAUCUUAUGAUUCGACGAAUGUUUUCACCAAAUAAAGAACAAUAUCAUAUCAACAUAUCAAUUUUGGUAUACUCCAAUAAUUAGUUUUUUUUGUAGAACACCACCAAAUAUUGAUUUGAUUAUCUAAAAAUUCAUGAAAGCUAGCAAUUUUUUAGAAAAUUAUUAGACUUGAUACUAUUUGGAAUUAUUUAUCAAUGUAUAUAUAUAUAUAAAUUGUAAUUAAAAUAAAAAAUCAUGAAACAUAUUAAUAUACUAUUUUGAUCAAAAUUCUCAACAUUGUCUAUCUUAACAUUUAUUUGAAUAUAUAAAAUAAAAUAAAAACUAAAUUUUAAAUUCCUACAAAAUUCAUACUGCUAAUGUGACACUAAACCAUCAGACAAGCAUUCACUUGAUUCAUCAUCCAAAAACUAAAAUACAACAACAGAAUCCAACCAACUAUAUUGCUUACAACAAAUUUCAAACACAUUCUCAUUAAUUUUCCAAUGAGGGAACAUUUGUUACAAUGAUAGUCCAUUCACUUUCUAUCUUUUUUUUCAAAUUUUAUACUCUCUCAUCCUCUUCUUCCUCAAGUCUCUCAUCCCACAUUACCUACUUACCAAAAAACACACAUAUUCUUCACUUCCUCAAUAAAAAAGCUCCUCCCUUUACUUUGCACACAAAUCAACAAAAAAAAAAAUCAAAGACCCAAUCUCUAGAUGACAAUCCUUCUCCAAACUUCUUAACAAUAUAUUAUUUUUAGACCAAAAAAGUUUUUUACUUUUUGAGCGCACUGUUAUAAUGGCAGAACAUCUAGAACAGAGUAUUUUGUGUACAGAGACCACCAACGUUGGCGAUGAAGAGAAGGGCAUGAUUGUUGACAAAAAUCCGAUUUCUCAGAUGGGUUUUCCAUCAGAGAGCGAAGAGAUUAUCAGAGAGAUGAUGGAGAAGGAGAAGCAGCAUUUGCCAAGGGAUGAUUACAUCAAGAGACUCAGAAGUGGAGAUUUAGAUUUGAAUGUCAGAAGAACAGAAGCUCUGAACUGGAUUUGGAAGGCUUGUGAAGAGCACCAUUUUGGACCAUUGUGUGUUUGCUUAUCAGUGAACUACUUGGACCGGUUCUUGUCGGUCCAUGAUCACCCUAAUAUUGACAAAGCUUGGACAAUGCAGCUGCUGGCUCUGGCUUGUUUAUCAUUAGCAGCCAAAGUUGAAGAAACUGAAGUCCCAUUGUUAAUAGAUCUUCAGGUUGGAGAUCCUCAGUUUGUGUUUGAGGCUAAAUCAAUCCAAAGAAUGGAGCUUUUGGUGUUGAACAGAUUGGAAUGGAGAUUGAGAGCGAUAACUCCAUGCUCAUACAUAAGAUAUUUCCUGAGAAAGAUGAGUAAAUGUGAUCAAGAACCAUCCAACACAUUGAUAUCCAGAUCACUACAAGUGAUAGUCAGCAAAACCAAAGGUAUUGGCUUUUUGGAUUUUAGACCUUCUGAAGUUGCUGCUGCAGUGGCACUUUCUGUUUCUGGAGAAAUGCACACAGUUCACUUUGAAAACUCUCCUCUUUUCUCACUACUUCAAAAGGAGAGUGUGAAGAAAAUUGGGGAUAUGAUAUGGAGUGAUGGCUCAGGCUUAUGUUCACAAACACCAAAUGGGGUUUUAGAAGUAUCAGCUUCUUGUUAACCAGGAUGGGUUCGGGCCUUCGGCCUUAAUCCCCCUAGGUUCGGGGCCGGUCUGUGCUGAUACCGAUAACAUGGCGUAAACACCCCUCCCCAUGGGAAUCGAACUAGGGGUGCAAUGGAACAUAUUCCAAGCACUAAACCACUAGCCCAACGCACCUUUGGUUAUAUCAGCUUCUUGUUUCAGCUUUAAGACUCAUGAUUCUUCUUCUUACUCCCAUACGCAUCUUUCCUAAAUUUCUAUGUUCUUAUAAACGAAUUUGUUAUUAUUAUUAUUAUUAUCAUGUGUGAUAAGAGCUUAAAAAGGAAAAAUAAUCAUAGCAAAAUUUUAAAUAAAAGACAAUAUUUCUAUUA